UGCUGAUCGGAAGCAAGGCCGUAUAAAUCGGAAGAGCUUUCCUGUCGCCUAGCAACGAAAAAGCAGCGUCUUGGAGGUUUCUGAUAGUAUUUUUCCAGACUCUUUUUGAAAAAAAAACGUCGAGCAUUUGAGUUGGGCUCGAAACAUUUUUCUUCUUCUUUGACCUGCUAAAAAUUAAAAGUAAAAAUAGUUACACAUAAAUAUAUUGAAAAAUUAGUUUAAAACUGAUGAAAAUAUCCAAUAAUUUUUACGCUUGCAAUGACAGCCACCAGGUUUGCGUCAUAAAAUUGCCCUCAAGGCUGAAAUUCGCUUUGUUUUGGCAGUAACCGGUGGAGGGAAUUUUAAAAAUUGGAUUUCUUUAUAAACGCUUUUGCGUAUUGUUAUUGCUAUACGUUUUACUGUGCAAAUCAUGUACCAGUGAAUUGGACAAUAUUUUUGCGAGGAGACGACAUAACGACGACGAGCCAAUCACGGUAGAACCACUACGAGAAUGACGACUGAUAUUUCGUCCAGCUAUAGCUGUUCGACUUUGCGAUCCCAGGAAGAUACAUCACCAACGAAACAUCCUGCCAUCAGAUCACUGAAAACCUCCAGAAGAGAUGAGAUAUCAGAGGGGUUUGAUAGCCUUUCAGGACUACUAUCUGACUUGAGGUCAGCUCAAGAUGAUGCCCAGCAAGAAGUAUCGAGGGCGCUUAAAGAGCGCGAUAAGCUGCUAUCAUGUUUGCAAAAUAAGGACGAAAAUGACGACAGGAUGCAAGAUUUCCUGAGCCAGCUGAACGUGGCCGAGUCUCGGUGCAGCAACCUGCACGACCAGCUGGACUUUAUGAAGCAGAUGUACACGAACGCCGAGCGGUGCGCCCGGUCGCGUCGGCAGGCGCCCCGGGACAGCCGGAGUCCCUCCGUGUCGCGCCGGAACAGAAGCCCGACUCCCUGUCGAAGCAACCCCAACAAGAAGGUGCAACAGUACAUUGUGCAGCGUCGCCGGUCGCUCUCCAACUCUACCCACCCGCAGCCGAGCCGCUCGCCGCCGCGGCGCAGACAGAACGCCUCAUCACCAUCGCUGCGCAAUUCGAACCCGUGCACAUCCCGCUCGCCGGGCAGGAAGCCGCCCUGCACCCGGGGAAAACAGCAGACCAGACCCGGUGUCCGUCUGCGCGCCGAGAGCCUGCUUCGACAGGCGGGCGGCGGCCGACGGGACCGGGGCGACGAGACGGACGCCGACGGCGACCACCUCUGGUGUGACAAGACCCGGCCGCGCUCCCGCUCCCGCUGCGCAGGAGGCAUCCUGGCCAACGCCUCCAAAUACGUGCCCGGCUCGGUGCAGGAGCUGCGAGAGCGGUCCCGCGCCGCGUCUCUGGCCUCGCGCUCACGUGCCAGCCGCUCUCCGGCGCCGGCUCGCGGCGGCCGGCCCCGGCGCCGCGCUGCCAGCGAGUCGGUCGGACGCCGGUGCGGUCCCGACUCCGGUAUCGACUCCGACUCCGAGUCGCCGUCUCGGCUGGCGCGCCACACACUGGAGAGGGAGCAGCGGACGCGCACCCAGCGCGAUAAACAGUACCAAAUGGGACGCGCACCGCUGCCCUUCCUGUCAUCGUCGAACACCAACAAGAGCCACCACAUCGGCGCCAACAUCCAGCAUGUGAUGAGCCUGGCCAAGCAGGCGGGCGGCUGCACGCGCUCCGGCGCGCCGCUGCCCGACAUCAAGGUGGGCCGUCUACCGGCGCGCGGCCCCUUCCUUCGCUACCGGCGCAGAAAACCGUUCCGCUACCACGACAAAAUGGAGAUCGACAAGUAUAAGAUCGAGGUGGACCCGCGCAGCUGCGGCCCGGACAACACGGCCGACUUUGCGCGCUACGAGCGGGACCGGCAGGGCUGUGUGAUUGACCACUCGGAGACGCGUGAGAUGACGCGACGCGCCGCCUACCGACCUGCGCCGGCCAACAAGAUGUCCGGGUACGACGAGGACGCCCGCUCAGCGGCGUCCGUCCAGGUGCAAAAGAUGCUCUGCAACCCGGCCACGCUGCGCAAGACCAAGCGCAGUCUGAAACAGCUACUGGAGGAGCUGGCAGAGGAGUUUGCCGGCCUCGAGUGCGUCUGCCAGCAGCUGGAGACGGACAUGGGCCGCGCCGACGGCAGCGUGGACCGGUGUCAGCUGGAGGAGCAGAUCGGCCGGCUGGAGACCAUGAUGGAGGAGCGACGACGCCAGGUCUGCUGUCUGCUCAAACUCUACAAACAGAUCAAGAAGCUGUCGCGAGCCGGUGUGGGCGCCGGGGGCCAGGACGGUAGCAGCGUGCGUGGCAGGAGACUGGUCGGACGGGCCGGCCGCGGCCUGCCCGCCAGGCCGGGACGACCGAUGAGGGUCAACACACGCAUACAGCCCAACAGUGUGCGCCCGCGUGGUGUCACCUUCUCCAUGCAGAAGAACUUCCCUCUGCGCCCGGUGCAGCCGCGCUCGCGGCCGGCCGGCCAGCCGCGGCCGCGCCGCCCGGCCGGCUCCAAGAACGCCGACCCGAUCCACUGUGCGCAGCUCAAGGUGCUGCGCGACAUGCGCAACAUCCAGCGCCGCAUGCGCAUCGAAAUGGGCGAGGAGUACUAGGUGAGGCGCGCGGCGCUGAGCGGCGAGCCGGCCGUCUGGUCCCGUCCCCCGGUGUCCGCUGUGCAAAUUGGCCGCGCGCCGGCCGGCCGGCCACCGCCGAGCCGGCCGGCGGCGGUGUCGAGCUAUCCGUGUCUUUGGUCGAGACGUGAAAUUGCACCCCCCCCCCCGCAGUGGCUGAGGCAACGAAUGACAUCGAAACGAAUGCGUAACGACAUCAAAAGGAGCUGGAGGUAAUAUACCGGUUUUUAGCA